AUGAUGCGAAACCUCCACCUCCACUUCCACGUCCUCCUCCUCGCCAUCCUUCUCAUCCUUGGUAUCGUCUCGGCGCGGCAGAUCAACCAUCGGGUCGUCCUCCGCAUGAGGCAGACUCAAGAAGAGAGUCGGACCAGAGGUACUUGCACGCAGAUGAGCAACAAAUGCCACCUUCCAGACCGGGACGACCAGGUUUGCCCAGCAGAUUACAAUAGGGACUUGCAGUGUCCCUUUGACGGAAGCCCCUGUGUCCUCAUCGAGCCGAAAGGAGAUUCUAGUCGCAAGGCAGAGAUACGAUGCGGAUACUUAGGCAUACAGGGAGCGUGA